AUGAUCAUCUCCACCUUCCUGGAAAGCGUACUCGGGCUCAAAGUAUGCCUGAUCAUUGGCAGCUGUUUCAUCAGCACCGGCAUGUUUCUUGCAGGCUCAGCAACACAAAUCUGGCAUUUGUAUCUAUGGAUAGGUUUAUGUUGCGGCUGUGGAUGCUCCAUUUUCACCUCUAUUGCCAUGAAAAUCGUUCCAGAAUGGUUCGAUCGUAAACUUAAUACAGCCAUGGGAAUCAGUGUAAGCAGUGCAGCAUUAGGCGGCUUUGCUUUUCCUUUUGUCAUGACCUACUUUAAUGACCUUCUUGGAGCUACAUGGGCAUUGCGAUGCUUGAGCAUAUCAUUUAUCGCUAUCAACAUCGUUGUGUGUAGCGUGAUUCGCAAAAGAAGGUCUCCUACGCCACGAAAACGAGUCGCCCUUGACGAAAUCAUUCGAUUGGGGCUAUUGCGAGAUGUCAAUGUCAUCAUCUGGUGUGCUGUCGGAUUCUUUCAAGUGUUGUCAAAUUAUGUCCCGUUUACGUUUUUGCCAUCUUAUGCAACCUAUAUCGGUCUAUCACCCUUCCAAGGCUCUGCAGUGAUCUCCAUUGCAUCUUUGAUCAGCGUUGUCGGGCGCAUUUAUGCUGGGUACCUUGCAGAUAGCAUUGGAAACAUCAACACCUGCUUUAUAUUCAUGUUUUUGAGUGGGAUUGCCUCCAUUGUUGUCUGGACACUGGCUCGCAAUUAUUUUUCAUUGCUAGUGUUUGCUUCACUUUUUGGAUUCUUUGGAGGCGUAUACAAUGCGUUGCAAGGACCGAUUGCUGUCAAGUUAUUUGGGCUAGAGAAUUACUCUGCAGGCUAUACAUUGAUCAUGCUUUUAAAUUGCCCUGCUAUUUUUGGUCCCACUAUUGCAAGUGCAAUCGAAGCUCGUAGUGAUGGUGAACCUUUCUUAACUUACAAGCUGUUUUAUGGCCUUGCUAGCAUCAUCAGUGCCAUGAUUGUGCUCGUACUUAAAUUCCGCAUUGGUCAAUCACUCACUGCCAAGGUUUAA